CACACACACACACACACGCACGCAUAGACACCCCUCCUCCUCUCCAGCAAGUGACAUACUCACUAAUGGUCUGGACAGUCGGGAGGGUUUAAUGGCAGAGCUCUUUGCUUUUGAAAUUGUGCAAUAUGAUGAAUGAAGAAGCAGCCCAGAAAAGCGAUGGUGGGGAGAAGUACAACGGCAGUAACCAGAGGAGGAAGAGACCUAAGAAGUCUGACAGCAAUGCAAGCUUUCUUCGAGCUGCCAGAGCUGGCAAUCUGGACAAAGUAGUGGAGUAUCUUAAAGGUGGAAUAGACAUCAACACAUGUAAUCAGAAUGGACUUAAUGCCCUACACCUGGCUGCCAAAGAAGGCCAUGUGGGACUGGUACAGGAGUUACUGGAAAGAGGGUCAGCAGUGGAUUCAUCUACAAAGAAAGGGAAUACAGCCCUGCACAUUGCAUCCCUGGCUGGACAGGCUGAAGUUGUCAAAGUGCUGGUUAAGGAAGGAGCCAAUAUUAAUGCACAAUCUCAGAAUGGUUUUACUCCUUUAUACAUGGCAGCUCAAGAGAACCACAUUGAUGUGGUAAAGUAUCUGCUGGAAAAUGGAGCCAACCAGAGCACUGCUACUGAGGAUGGCUUCACUCCAUUAGCUGUUGCACUACAGCAGGGACACAAUCAGGCAGUGGCCAUUCUCCUGGAAAAUGAUACCAAGGGCAAAGUGAGACUCCCAGCUUUGCACAUUGCUGCCAGGAAAGAUGAUACAAAAUCAGCAGCACUCCUGCUCCAAAAUGACCACAAUGCAGAUGUUCAGUCCAAGAUGAUGGUGAAUAGAACAACUGAGAGCGGCUUCACACCUUUGCACAUAGCUGCUCACUAUGGAAAUGUCAACGUGGCAACGCUUCUGCUCAACCGAGGAGCUGCGGUAGACUUCACAGCCCGGAAUGGAAUCACCCCACUGCAUGUGGCUUCCAAAAGGGGAAACACAAACAUGGUGAAGCUUUUGUUGGAUCGCGGAGGGCAGAUCGAUGCCAAAACCAGGGAUGGACUGACUCCACUCCACUGUGCUGCACGAAGUGGGCAUGAUCAGGUUGUAGAGCUCCUCCUGGAACGGGGUGCCCCAUUGCUUGCAAGGACCAAGAACGGACUCUCUCCGCUCCACAUGGCUGCUCAGGGGGACCACGUGGAAUGUGUCAAACAUCUCCUGCAGCACAAAGCUCCUGUUGAUGAUGUCACACUGGAUUACCUGACUGCCCUACACGUUGCUGCACACUGUGGCCAUUAUCGUGUCACCAAGCUUCUACUGGACAAGAGAGCAAAUCCGAAUGCUCGAGCCCUGAAUGGUUUUACUCCACUGCACAUUGCCUGCAAGAAAAACCGCAUCAAAGUCAUGGAACUUCUGGUGAAAUAUGGGGCUUCAAUCCAGGCUAUAACAGAGUCUGGCCUCACACCAAUACAUGUGGCUGCAUUUAUGGGCCACUUGAAUAUAGUCCUCCUCCUGCUGCAGAAUGGAGCUUCUCCAGAUGUCACUAACAUUCGCGGGGAGACGGCCUUACACAUGGCAGCACGUGCUGGGCAGGUGGAAGUGGUCCGCUGCCUCUUGAGGAAUGGUGCCCUUGUUGAUGCUCGAGCCAGGGAGGAACAGACUCCACUGCACAUUGCUUCUCGUUUGGGUAAAACUGAGAUCGUCCAGUUGCUGCUACAACACAUGGCUCACCCUGAUGCCGCAACUACUAAUGGAUACACCCCAUUGCACAUCUCUGCCAGAGAGGGGCAGGUUGAUGUAGCAUCAGUUCUCUUGGAGGCAGGUGCUGCACACUCAUUGGCCACUAAGAAGGGAUUCACCCCACUGCAUGUGGCAGCCAAGUAUGGAAGCUUGGAUGUGGCAAAACUUCUAUUGCAGCGUCGUGCUUCUCCUGAUUCAGCUGGCAAGAAUGGCCUCACCCCACUCCAUGUUGCUGCUCACUAUGACAACCAGAAGGUGGCGCUACUGUUGCUGGAGAAAGGUGCCUCUCCUCAUGCUACUGCCAAGAAUGGAUAUACCCCUCUGCACAUUGCUGCCAAGAAGAAUCAGAUGCAGAUAGCUACUACACUGCUUAGCUAUGGAGCCGAGACCAACAUUCUGACUAAACAAGGAGUGACCCCACUGCACCUGGCCUCUCAAGAAGGUCACUCUGACAUGGUUACCUUGCUCCUGGACAAAGGAUCCAAUAUCCAUGUGGGAACUAAGAGUGGAUUGACAUCCCUGCACCUUGCAGCUCAGGAGGAUAAAGUGAAUGUAGCUGAUAUACUGACAAAGCACGGUGCAAACCAAGAUGCCCAGACAAAGCUGGGCUACACUCCUUUAAUUGUGGCUUGUCAUUAUGGAAACAUCAAGAUGGUGAAUUUCCUCCUGAAGCAGGGAGCCAAUGUCAAUGCUAAAACAAAGAAUGGCUACACCCCUCUUCACCAAGCUGCUCAACAGGGUCAUACUCAUAUCAUCAAUGUGCUACUCCAGCAUGGGGCCAAGCCCAAUGCCAUCACUGCUAAUGGUAACACUGCCUUAGCGAUUGCAAGACGUUUGGGCUACAUCUCAGUGGUCGAUACGCUGAAGGUUGUAACAGAGGAGGUCACCACCACCACAACUACUGUGACAGAGAAACACAAACUGAAUGUACCUGAGACGAUGACCGAGAUCCUGGAUGUUUCAGAUGAGGAAGGUGAUGACACUAUGACCGGAGAUGGGGGAGAAUACCUUAGGCCAGAGGACCUGAAAGAACUAGGUGAUGACUCUUUGCCCAGCAGCCAGUUCCUAGAUGGUAUGAACUACCUGAGAUACAGCUUGGAAGGAGGCCGAUCUGACAGCCUGCGAUCCUUCAGUUCAGACAGGUCCCACACGUUGAGCCAUGCCUCCUACAUGAGGGACAGUGCCAUGAUCGAUGAUACGGUCAUAAUACCCAGCCACCAGGUAUCAACUCUGGCCAAGGAAGCCGAAAGGAAUUCAUAUCGCUUAAGCUGGGGCACUGAAAACUUAGACAACGUGGCUCUUUCUUCCAGCCCUAUUCAUUCAGGCUUCCUGGUUAGCUUCAUGGUGGAUGCCCGUGGUGGUGCCAUGCGAGGCUGCAGACACAAUGGGCUAAGGAUCAUUAUUCCUCCUCGGAAAUGCACUGCUCCCACACGAGUAACCUGCCGAUUGGUCAAGCGACAUAGACUGGCCACCAUGCCUCCAAUGGUGGAAGGAGAAGGUCUGGCCAGCCGCUUGAUUGAAGUUGGACCUUCUGGUGCUCAGUUUCUCGGUAAACUUCAUCUGCCUACGGCUCCUCCCCCACUUAAUGAGGGAGAAAGCUUGGUCAGCCGAAUCCUUCAGCUGGGGCCUCCUGGGACCAAAUUUCUUGGGCCUGUGAUCGUGGAGAUCCCCCAUUUUGCCGCUUUGCGUGGGAAAGAGAGAGAGCUGGUAAUCCUGCGCAGUGAGAAUGGGGACAGCUGGAAGGAGCAUUUCUGUGAAUAUACAGAGGAUGAACUGAAUGAAAUCCUCAAUGGAAUGGAUGAAGUACUUGAUACUCCAGAGGAACUUGAGAAAAAGCGUAUCUGCCGUAUCAUCACCAGAGAUUUCCCACAGUACUUUGCAGUGGUGUCCCGGAUCAAACAGGACAGCAACCUCAUUGGACCUGAGGGAGGUGUGCUUAGCAGCACUGUAGUACCACAAGUGCAAGCAGUCUUCCCAGAGGGAGCGCUAACCAAGCGAAUUCGUGUCGGCCUCCAGGCCCAGCCUAUGCACAAUGAAUUUGUAAGGAAGAUUUUAGGGAACAAGGCAACCUUCAGUCCUAUAGUCACCCUGGAACCAAGAAGGAGAAAAUUCCACAAGCCAAUCACCAUGACUAUUCCUGUCCCCAAAGUCUCCAGUGAUGGGAUGAUGAAUGGUUAUGGGGGUGAAACACCUACUUUAAGAUUACUAUGCAGCAUAACAGGUGGAACGACCCCUGCUCAAUGGGAAGAUAUUACAGGAACGACUCCACUAACUUUCGUCAAUGAAUGUGUUUCCUUCACAACAAAUGUGUCUGCAAGGUUUUGGUUGGUAGACUGUCGGCAGAUACAAGAAUCUGUUACUUUUGCCUCCCAAGUGUAUAGAGAAAUUAUCUGUGUGCCCUACAUGGCCAAAUUUGUUGUGUUUGCCAAAUCACAUGAUCCCAUUGAAGCUCGAUUAAGGUGCUUCUGCAUGACAGAUGACAAGGUGGAUAAAACGCUAGAACAACAAGAAAACUUUGCCGAAGUUGCCAGAAGCAGAGAUGUAGAGGUAUUAGAGGGAAAGCCUAUCUACGUUGACUGCUUUGGCAAUCUGGUGCCACUCACAAAAAGUGGGCAACAUCAUAUAUUCAGUUUUUAUGCCUUCAAAGAAAAUAGACUACCACUAUUCGUCAAGGUACGAGACUCCACUCAAGAAGCUUGUGGGAGACUGUCAUUUAUGAAGGAGCCAAAAUCUACAAGAGGGCUAGUCCAUCAAGCCAUCUGCAACUUAAAUAUCACACUGCCACUUUACAUAAAGGAAUCCGAGUCAGACCAAGAGCAGGAAGAAGAGGUUGACAUGACCUCAGAAAAAAAUGAUGACGAGACAGAAUCUACAGAAACAUCUAUCCUGAAAAGCCACCUGGUUAAUGAAGUCCCAGUACUAGCCAGUCCAGAUUUGCUAUCUGAAGUUUCUGAGAUGAAACAAGAUUUGAUCAAAAUGACUGCCAUCUUGACAACUGACCCUUCCGAUCAAUCAGGUUCCAUUAAGGUGAAAGAUCUUGGGAAAGCCACCGAAGAAGAGCCAGGAGAGCCAGUUGAAAUUGUGGAAGAGAAAGUAAACGAAAUACUCAGACGUGGAACCUACACAAGAGAAGAGCACAUACUGCCGAGGUCCCAUUCUGGAAGAGAAUUAGUGGAAGAGGAAUGGGUUAUUCUCAGUGAUGAAGAAAUUGAAGAGGCCAGACGCAAUGCUCCGUUAGAAGCCAUUGAACCUGCCUGUAUAGAACUUAGGAUAGAAAAAGGAACAACAGAGACAAAAAAGACAGACAUGACAGGAAUGGUAGAUUAUCUUACCAAGGAUUUAAAAACCUAUGUGUCUCUUCAUGAAGUGCAGCCACAAACGUUCCAAGAAGAUUUAGUUGGGGAGAAAUUUGAAGCUGUUGUUAUAAGCAGGGGUUCUGAAACAGGCACACAGGGCUCUCCAGCUGCUGAAACUCAAUGUACACAGAAGCAACACAAACCCUCCUUGGAAAUUAAAAAACCAAUUAGGAGGAAACUAAAAGAUAAACAAAGGCAAAAAGAAGGAGGGGGAGAGACACAAAGCAGUGAAGAACAAUCAGGACUAACAAAGUUCAGUUCUGAGGAGUCAUUAGAUGGUGAGCCAGGUUUAACACCUGCAGCUGCUCCUGAUGUUAGCGCCAUAUCCCCUGUAAUAGAAGAGACCCCUAUUGGCUCAAUAAAAGACAAGGUAAAAGCUCUUCAGAAGCGAGUGGAAGAUGAACAGAAAGUACGUUCAAAACUGCCUGUCAGAAUCCACCCCAAAGAAAUCACUGCAGAGAGGCCUGUUAGAAGGCCAGUGCAAGCUAAAAAAAUUGUGCACAAAGCACAGCCACCUGUUUCACCCUCAGCUAAAACAGAAAGACUGGAAGAGACUAUGUCAGUCCGGGAGCUAAUGAAAGCCUUCCAGUCAGGACAAGAUCCAUCCAAGAAAAAAUCCGGACUGUUUGAGCACAAAACUAUCAAACAAAAGCAGCAGCUAUCUGACAAAGAAAGUGAAACAGGACAGGCACCACCAUCUAGGAAAACAAACAAAAAAGAUAGCCCGCCAGCCAAACAAGCCAAAGUCCUUAAGACAGAGAAAGAUUCGCCAUCUAAAAAAGGAAAGCAAGCUUCUAUUGAUUGCUCUAAAAAGGAACCAGUAGAUAGAGGCCAGGUGAAAGGAGAGAGCUCUAAAGCAACCGAAUCUUUCUCUCCAGUGUUUGAUGAAGAAAGUUCCAAGGAGGCAGCAGUUGUGAAGGAAAAGACAACUGAUGAUGACCAAGGAGACACUGACUUCCAGAUCAGCCCUGACAGAAAAACCUCAACCGACUUUUCUGAUGUCAUUAAAGAAGAGCUCGAGAAUAAUGACAAGUACCAGCAGUUUCGACACGUUUCUAUCACUGAGGAAGGAGAGCUUCACUUAGAGCAAGUACUGACCAGUCCUUUCAAUGUUACCUUCCCAUCAGAGUAUGUGAAAGAUGGCUUUCUCCCUGCUCUUUCUUUACAAAGUGGUACCUUUGAUGGCAGCUCAGAAAGCCUUAAACAUGAAGGUGUAGCAGAUUCUCCCGGUAGCCUGCUUGAUGGAACCCCUCAAAUCAGCUCUGAGGAAAGUUAUAAGCAUGAGGGUCUGGCAGAGACUCCAGAAACAAGCCCUGAAAGUUUGUCUUUCUCACCCAAGAAAACUGAUGAAGAAAUUGGAGAAACAAAAGAAUCCACUGUGGUGCACAGAGUAGCUGAGACGUGUUCUCCAAAGGAAGCCCCACCAAUGAAAGAUGACAGAGGUAUUACUGCAGAACAGCUAAGCACAGAUAUUGAAGCUAUGAAAUCUCUUUCUGAUCAUUUAUCAGAACAGGUACCUUCAGACCCUGAGAAAGGGGCAGGCAAACUUAGAGACGGUAGCUCAGCUUCCAUUAUGACAGAUGUUAGCAGUGCCAAAGAAUCCAAAAGUAGUGAACACACACAGUUAACUAAAUCUUCUGAAAUGUAUGACAGCUCUUUAGAGAAAUAUAAGACUUGUGAAAGUCAUGUUGCUAUCAGAAGUCCCCAAGGAUUGGAACUUUCCCUUCCGAGUCAUCACAGUGAAAGCUUUAGCCCUGUGGCAGAUGAAUCCCUGGCUAUAAGUCAUAAGGAUUCAUUGGAAGCAAGCCCGGUGCUGGAAGAUAACUCAUCACACAAAACCCCUGAUUCCCUGGAGCCUAGCCCUACGAAAGAGUCACCAUGCCGUGAUUCUCUUGAAAGCAGCCCCACAGAACAAAAAGCAAAGCCUAGCAUUCUUACCGGACAAGUUCCUCUACAGUCUGUCCCUACCAGAGCAGAAAUGUUCCCAGAGCUGGUAUCGAUGCGUUCCAGAAUUCUUCGUGACCCCGAUGGAAGUGCUGAAGACGACAGUUUAGAACAGACUUCCCUCAUGGAGAGUUCAGGGAAAAGUCCUCUUUCGCCUGACACUCCUAGCUCUGAAGAAAUUAGCUAUGAAAUUACACCCAAAACUGCAGACUUGCAGGCACUGUCUAAUAUAUCCAAGUCAGCCACAAUCCCUGAAGUCAGUGAAGAGCCAGAGGAUGAUUCAGAAAGUGAACCAAAGAAGAGGUUCACUCCAGAAGAGGAAAUGUUUAAGAUGGUGACCAAAAUCAAAAUGUUUGAUGAAUUGGAACAAGAAGCAAAACAGAAAAGAGAGUAUGUAAAGGACAAAAAGCAAGAUGAAUCUUCUUCAGUUCCCGAGUCAGAUAUUACAUGUGAAACUGAAGUACCAGUGCCAAUAGCUACUGAAGGAAAAGAUAUACCUACAGUAGUGAUGUCUGCUAUGGACACGAGGAAAAGUUCUUCCUCUUCUGAAAGUGAGCCAGAGUUGACUCAGCUGAAAAAAGAAGCUGACUCGGGCCUCUUAAUGGAGCCUGUGAUUCGAGUGCAACCUCCAUCACCGCAUCCACCCAGCAUAGACUCCAGUUCCAGCCCCGAAGAAGCAGGGUUUCAACCUAUUGACCCCAAACAACAUGCUUUCAGGAUGGAGGAUUACAAAGCAGAAUCAGAGAAGUCAAGAAAAGAAGAGAAAGAGGAACUAUCUGUGCUCGGUGAUAAGUGUAAAGCUUCCACUGAAGAAUCAAAUGUUUCUCACUGUGAUGCUGGUAUCAUACCAGCAACUGAUGAAUCAAAGUGUUGUUAUAGUACAGAUGAAAGCGAGACAGUUAGCCCUAAUGGCCCAGUGGUACGACUUGAUAGUGCUUUCUGUCAUGCAAUUGGUGAAGAUGCUCAAAAAGACGUUUUGGUUCAUCAGUCUUCUCUAGCACUACAGCAACACCAUGCCUCUCAGAAGCAGAUUGAUGCAGCUGGAAAGUUAACACAUGAAGACCUCAGUACUGAAGGGAAUGGGUCUGGGAAAGUAUGUGGUCCCUUUGGGCAUGAUAAUUCUCACAGUUCUGCAUCACGAGAUGAUGCAUUAGCUAAAGAUAUUUCCCCCGAGUGCUCUGCUUUGGGAAGUGAUUUGACAAAAUCAGACAAAGAUCUUGAGCCAUUCCAAAGUGUGUGUUAUAGAGAUGAGCUUUCCACAGACUAUACAUCCCUUACCACUAAAAAGGAUGAAUUUGAAAGUUAUGCCGCAGAUACUGAUGAAAGCGAUGCUCCGCAAAUAAUAAGCCCAUAUGAAAAUGUCCCUUCUGAACAUUUUUUCACUAGCUACGAAAGUAGAGUAGGAACUGUAACAAGGCAGAAGACAAGUCCAUCAUCUAGAGAUGUUCGUUCUGUUGAAAUAGAAACAACAAUUGAGGAAUCAUUAGUGGCAAGUUCGCCUAGCAGACAUGAUCCUGCAAGUGGAGAUCAAACUUCAGAAGAGAUGUAUAUGCAAAUAGAUUCAAAACAGGAAAUAUCAACUUCAGUGCCUUCAUCAGCAGACCCUGCAGCAUUAGAUGAAACUGCCCUUCAGCAUAUAAAAGAUGAAGCCGAGAAACUGAUCAGCCAAGUGGUCAUCACCAAAACAGAUGUGGAUUCUGACAGGUGGAGCGAAAUACGUGAAGAUGAUGAAGCUUUUGAGGCUCGUGUGAAAGAGGAGGAACAAAAGAUUUUUGGUUUAAUAGUGGACAGGCGGUCACAGGGUACAACGCCAGAUACAACACCAGCGAGGACACCCACAGAAGAAGGGACACCAACUAGUGAACAAAAUCCUUUUCUCUUCCAGGAAGGAAAGUUGUUUGAAAUGACUCGAAGUGGAGCCAUUGACAUGACCAAAAGGAACUAUGCAGAUGAAAGCUUUCACUUUUUCCAAGUAGGGCAGAAGUCUCAAGAAGAAGUUUCUUUAGCUGAAGAAAUGAAAGCAGCCACAGAGAUGGAAUCCCCUAAGCUAGAGAGAUCACCAGAUCCUGUGGCACCUUCAGAAUCAGAUGAAACUGAUAUACAGGUAAAGCAUGCACUUACAACAGCAUUGCCAAUAUCUGAGCCUCCUGAACAAUCAGAGGAAAUGACUAGCACGGGUGUCAGCAUGGCCACUACAAAAGCAGAACUUAAAUCUAGAAUUCCCAUUAAAAUGGGUAUUUCAGUUUCUUCAAAAUCACCAAAGAAAGAGACUGUUGCCUCUGAAGCUUCUGAAGUAGAUCCUUUCUCCAGAACAGAAACUGAUGAUAAAUGUGAUAGCAGUCAGGUGCCUUGCCCUAUCUCCCCAGAGCAGUCUGUGAUACAGUUAGAAUUUUCCACAGUCAUUAGGUCUGUGUAUUCUGAACAGGAUGACGAGUCCCCAGAAUCUUCACCGGAGGAACAGAGGUCCGUGAUUGAAAUCCCUACUGCUGUCCCGGACAGCGGCGUGCCUUCUUCUGAAAGCAAAUCCAAAAUUCCUGUAAGAACUACUCCUGCUGCACCGCAGUCAUUGCAACAACCAGACUAUGAGAUCCCAUCUUCAGAUGGCUUUCUGGACAGUUUGGAAGAUGAAAUAAAGGAUGACCCAACAAAACCAAAGUCUAAAAUACCUGUCAAAGAAGCUUUCCAAAGAACAGAGCAACAGUGUACAGAUCCAGAAACUUCUGUUCAGAAGGCACAGUUACCCAAAGCUCUCGAUAUGACAUGCAAACCAUCUAUGAAACAAGAUAAUCGAAGCAAAUCUGAAUCUGAAUCAAGUGUUCCCAUGGAUGCAAAGACUAGGCGCUCAAUAAGAGCUAGGAGUUAUGCUGAGGUGGAAGUGGAGACCAGAGCAAGGGUGGAUGAGAUGAAGCAAGAGCUAGAAUCAGAUGAUGGGACAACAGCAAGACCAAAGAUAUUUUCAUCAAGACUGCCAGUUAAAAGCAGAAGUGCCACAGCUUCUCACGGUACUGUUAGUCCUACAAAAGAAAGUAAGGACCAUUUUUUUGACCUUUACAGAAACUCCAUAGAGUUCUUUGAAGAGAUUAGUGAUGAAGCUUCCAAGUUAGUGGAUAGACUUACCCAGUCAGAAAGAGAACAAGAAUUAAUUUCAGAUGAUGAAAGUAGUAGCGCCCUAGAAGUUUCUGUUAUUGAAAACGUGCCAUCCACUGAGACCCAGCAGUCAAUUCCCGAAGACAUCUUUGACACCAGGCCCAUUUGGGAUGAGUCCAUUGAGACUCAGAUUGAGCGUAUUCCUGAUGAAAAUGUCCAUGACCGUGCUGAAGAUCAACAGGAUGAUCAAAGAAGAACAGAGGAAAGACUUGCACACAUUGCUGAUCAUCUUGGAUUCAGCUGGACAGAAUUAGCAAGAGAACUUGAUUUCACGGAAGAGCAAAUUCACCAGAUCCGAAUUGAAAAUCCAAAUUCACUGCAGGACCAGAGCCAUGCACUUCUGAAAUACUGGCUUGACAGGGAUGGGAAACAUGCUACAGAUACAAGCCUUACCCAGUGUCUCACAAAAAUCAACCGAAUGGAUAUUGUUCAUCUAAUGCAGACAAGCCACAGAGACUUUGUGCAGGACUGUGGCGCUCGCACCUAUGCAGAAAUUGAACAAACCAUAGGACUGGAUCAUAGUGAAGGAUUUUCUGCACUGCAAGAGGAACUUUACAGUCCAAGACACAAGAAGGAAGAAGUGCAUUAUAAAGACAGCGAUCAUCCUCCUAUUGUCUCUGAAGAAGACACAUCUGUCAGUUACUCUUCCUUUCAGGAGAGCACACCCAGGGCUGAGACAGACUUAUCAGUUGCAGAGCUCCUGCGACAAGCACACAAAGAGCGAGUACCCGCUGAGUUCUCAGGGAAACUACCGGAUCUGCCAAAAGAUUCAUCAGCUGCACAACAUGAGCACUUUGUCACGACUCCAGAAGAAUCAAUAGCACCAAAGGCUGAAAAAGCAGCAGGUUUUGCAAAGGAAAAAUUUAAAGGCUCCGCCACAGGAUGUGAAGAGAGACCAUCUAGUGAGGGAGGCAACUCUCCCAUUGCACAAGAAUGUGAGGACCUCCACCUCUCCCCAAGGAGAACUAGUCUGGUUAUAGUGGAGUCAACUGAUGAACAGCCAGCAGAGUUAGAAAGACAUGAUGAUGACAAGUCAUUUAGAAAGGAGCUAGCAGAAGAAUUAGGUGAGCUAAAGACCAGCUCAGAUGAAGAAGAGAUGGUAACUACCAGGGUCAUUCGCCGGCGGGUGAUUAUUCAGGCUGAUGACAUGCCUGAAAUACCACCAGAAACAGUAACAGAGGAGCAGUACACAGAUGAACAUGGCCACAUUGUAGUGAAGAAGGUCACCAGAAAGAUUAUCAGGAGAUAUAUUUCACCAGAUGGUACAGAAAAGGAAGAAGUCCUAAUGCAUGGAACACCACAAGAACCUGUUACAGUUGAAGAAGGAGAUGGAUAUUCCAAAGUUGUAAAGCGGCUUGUUCUGAAGAGUGACACCGAACAGUCUGAGGUGACAUUCUCUGAGCCCAGUGUUGCGACGGGUGCCUCAGAAUUUCAAGCUGAACUAGUGGAAGGCCGGAAGGUCAGUAAAGUUGUAAAGACCACACUGGUGCAAGGAGAACGAAUGGAGAAGCACCUUGGUGAUGCGAGUUUAGCCACUGAUCUCCCAACAGCCAAAGAGGACUUUGAAGAGGCUUUGAGUUUUACAGGUAGCCAAAUGAAUGUCCAAUUCCCUACUUUAGUAGAGAAAGAGAUCAUGAAAGAGGAUGGAUCGGUUAUUAAAAGGACAACCAUGAAUAAGUGCAGUUCACAGAAGAGUACUGUGGUGAAGGACCAGUAUGGAAGACAUGUUCUUGAGGAACAGCUGGAGAGUAUACCAGAAGCAGCACAGGAAGCUCUCCAGCAACUUCUUAGACAUUUUUGCAAAGAGGACCAGAAGCAAGAGGCCAAAUGAGAAAAGUCCAGCUAUUUCAAUGAAAUCAAUUCCCCUUUUUCUUUUGUAUGUGUAAGCUAAUUUGUGACCAAAGACAGAACAGCACCCUUCUCAUCCACGGGCCUCUUCAAGUGACUAUGUACAUGCAUCUGCAGCAUAAAAACAUUUUAAAAAGGGGAUAUUAAUAUGUGAACUGUACAUAACUAAAGUGCUUAGACUAGCAUUGUGAAUUACGAGGACUAUUGCUAACAUAAAAGAUACUCUGGGGGAGGCAGCACUGCAGACCUGAUCUUGAUCUUCUGCAUCCAUAGGACUUCCAGUUUAUUAAAGGAGGAACAUAUACCCAAUUAAGUAAUCAAUUAGAUAAUCAAAUUGCUAGCAGCUAUAGCUAUGGCCCAUUUGCAUAUGGUAUUGAACUCCUGUAGAUCUGGACACAUGGCAGGAUGUAUUAAACAGCUAUAACUACAGUAGUUUCCUGUUUUCAUCACUGCUUUAGCCAAUCCACAUUGUCUUAGUAGUGGUAUCUUCCUGCUGGCCACUUGCACUGUAGAUGAGAGAGGGGAAAAAAAGAUUUCUCAUGCACCAUGUUUUAUUAUCCAGAUUGCCUCUUAUCUGAUACAUGCAUGUGGCAUUUAAAAAGAACCAAUAAUCCUCUUAGCACUGAACAAGCAGUUUUUAAUCAUCUUCCAAUUGACUUUUAUAUUUCUAAACUAACUCUCUGAGAAUUAAAACAGCAUCCCUGCACUUUUAUUUUGAAAGAAGGGAAUAUAAAAAAAAUCUGAAAUAUUUUGUGUCCUGUGCUUUAUUUUACUAGUGGUUGGGAGCGCUGUAGCAUUUUAACAUAUGUAAUAUACACACACACCUAAAUAGUCAGAAAAAAUGACUCACUCAGUGCUUGGAAUGUCAAAGUAAAGAUGCUGAUGCCACAACAGAGAAAAGUAGGCAGCUAAACUAGGAAUGAUGGUCAAAAACCAGGACUAAAGAAAUGAAAUGAGGAAAUAAUAAAUGCAUUUCUGUUGUGUUAUUUGCCGUGCAGAUGAUGUUCUGUGUAACUAACAACAUAAUGGUUAUUCACCCUAUGAUUUUUUUUUGCGCUGUGUUAUCAAAGAAGAACUUGAAUAUGAAUACUGUGAGAAGAAGUGAUUUUUUUAAGUUGAUGAAUCAGCAUCUUGUUCCCAUGGUGAUAACACUAAUUGAAUAUAUCUAUGAGGGCAUGUAUUAGUUAUACAAACCUACAACACUAACAAACAAUACAUAGCUGCAAUGUGUACAAUGGCUGACUGAAUUAAAAUAAAAUGUACAAGUGUUAAAUGUAGCAAUAAGAGGCUUCCUC